AUGAAUAAUCAGGCAUUCAGUUUAGCAGAAAGACUUAUUCCUUCAACCUAUGUACAACAAGGUUUAAAUGCAAAGAAAGCACGUGAAAAUCUGAUAAGACACUUCAUUGAACAUCAAAACUGGCCAGAAGAGGGUUGGAAUGAUGCAACAAUAGAAGCCUUCCUCUCAGAUUUAUCACAAAUGGACAGUAAUAAUUUUCCUUCUAACUGUAGUGUUGGAGAACGUGAAGCAAGAAUUAUAUCAAACAUUGUUGCAAGGCGACAUUUUCGAAUGGGUCAUGGCAUAGGUAGAUCAAGUGAUUUAGAAGAAGUACAACCAAAAGCUGCAGGAAGUAGUUUAAUGUACAAAUUAACAAAUGCUUUAGUGCUUGAAGUUAUUCGAUUCAUGGGUGUAAAAAGUAUAGCAGGCUGUUUUUUAUCACCAAUGGCUACAGGCAUGAGUUUAGUGUUGUGUAUGCUAACAUUUAAGCAGGACAGACCACGAGCACAAUAUGUCCUAUGGCCUAGAAUUGAUCAAAAAUCAAGCUUCAAAUCAAUAAUCACAGCUGGUUUAGAACCAAUUGUUAUUGAAACAAAAAUAGUUGGUGAUGAAUUAAAGACAGAUAUGCAAAGACUUGAAUCUCAAAUGGCAGCUUUGGGUGAAAGUGUUGCUUGUGUACUCACAACAACCAGCUGUUUUGCACCCAGAGCAUGUGAUUCUGUUGAUUCUAUUGCAGCACUUUGUACUCAAUAUAAUAUUCCACAUUUAGUAAAUAAUGCAUAUGGCUUACAGAGUACAAGAUGUAUGCAUUUGAUUCAAGAAGCGUCACGUAAAGGCCGUGUCGAUGCUUUUGUUCAAAGCACCGAUAAGAACUUUCUAGUGCCAGUUGGUGGUGCAAUCAUUGGCUCAUUUGAUAAAAAUCUUCUAGAUCGCAUAUCAAAAAUGUAUCCAGGUCGUGCAAGCGCCAGCUCCAUUAUGGAUGUAAUGAUAACAUUACUAAGUUUAGGAAUUGCGGGUUAUAAACAAUUAAUAACGCAACGUAAAGAAAUGUAUUCAUAUUUAAAAGAAGAGCUCGGAAAAUUAGCAGCUAGACAUGAUGAAAGAUUGCUAGACACUAAAGGAAAUCCUAUAUCAAUGGGAAUGACUCUUCAAUGUUUAAGUCAUCAACAUGAUAACAAGCAAGUCACAAUGUUAGGUUCAAUGUUAUUCCUCCGCAAUGUUAGUGGUACAAGAGUAAUAACAACAACAGAAUCUAAACAUAUUGUUUCACAUAAAUUUGAAGGUUGGGGAGCACAUAAUAGUAAUUAUCCGGUACCAUAUUUAACUGCUGCUGCAGCUGUAGGUAUGAAGAGAUCAGAUGUGGAUAUAUUUAUACAACGAUUAGACAAUGCUCUGACUAAAAUAAGGAGACGUUCAGCUCCGGUUACACCAACAGCAUCUUUUGCUGGAUCCAGUAUUAAUGGAGAUGCAGGAGGUACUGGUGGUCCUGGAGAAUCUAGUACAGCCUCAACUAGCCGAGCAAGUAGUAAGGAUAGUUUGAGAAAAUGA